GUGGGUGUGGUAUUCUUAUAGUCUGUACUAUAGUUGAAUUUCCAGUUCUGUGUCUAGGUAAAGGGGACAGGAGAAACCAGGUUAGUGCUGGCUGAACGAGACACACAGUGCAUGGUUCUGGUACGGUGCGCUGGAAGAGGAACUCUUCCUCUCUCCAACAAUAAUCAUGGCUAAAAGUGCAAAUACAACUAGCCCCACUGUAGCCAGCACCACCUUUGCUCCAGCUACGGGGAUCUGGGGAUGGAUAGAGAGCAUUUUAAAUAAAAUACCUUUGCCACGAUGGGCCAUCUACACUAUAUUCGGUGUGGGAGUUUUCCUAAUCCUGCUGCUGAUCAUCUGUAUUUGUUGCUGCUGUUGUAAGCGUAAAAAGAACAAAGCCAAAGAAAAAGAAAAGAUCAAACUUGCAUCAGUAAAGAACAGUGUAACCACAAGCUUGGUGCAGCCAGAUAUAGAAGGACUAAAGAAAUCGCAGGAAAAUGAUUAUCGUGGCCGAUUGCAGUACUCGGUGGAAUACAGUUUCCAAAGGGAGGAGGCUACUAUUUCAGUGAAGCAAGCUGCCUCUCUCAAGGCUAUGGACAGUGGAGGGACAUCAGAUCCGUAUGUUAUAGUGUAUCUCACCAACGAUCCUCGUAAGAAAAAUGAAACCAAAGUGUAUCGCAAGACUCUGAGCCCUUCCUUCAAUGAGACCUUCACUUUUAAGCUUCUCCAGUCAGAAAUUGCAGACACGGAUGCUGUAAUGCAGGUCUUCGACUUCAACCGUUUUUCAAAACACGAUGUGAUUGGGGAGGUGCGACUACCACUGCGGGACAUGAAUUUGAAUCAUGUUAUUGAGGAAUGGAAGGAGCUGCAAGCUGCAGCAAAGUCCGAGUAUGAAAAGCUUGGGGACAUUUGCUUCUCUUUAAAAUACAUCCCUGUGACUUCAAAGCUUGUUGUUGUCAUUCUCGAAGCAAGAAAACUUAAGAAAAUGGACGCCGAUGGAUUCUCAGACCCAUACGUGAAGGUGCAGCUGGCUCUAAAUAAGAAGAAAUGGAAGAGAAAAAAGACGGGGGUAAAGAAGAAUACACUAAAUCCAUACUUCAACGAGGAAUUUAAUUUUGAUGUGUCGCUGGAGCAAAUUCAGAAUGUGGAUCUGAUCAUCUCCGUGUGGGACCAUGAUAAAGUCAAUAAAAACACGCAGAUUGGGAAGAUAUUCUUAGGCUGCCGAGCAUCAGGAAAUGCUUUGCGACACUGGUCAGACAUGCUGGCACAUCCCCGAAGACCCAUAGCGCAGUGGCACACUCUUCAAGCAGCAGAAGAAGUUGACAAAACUCUGGGACUAAAAUCUAAUAUAAAACUUCCUAUUCCAGGGAGAUAACCUUGUAUCUUGAGAUUCCUGAGUCCGGGCCGCCAUAAAAAAUAUCGGGGUUACCUGCGACCUAAAAUCUGGUGCCUUUUUUUUGGGUCACCAUUUUUUAGCUUAUUCUGUUGUAUGUGUGAGGCAAGAUUACUUCUACACUCAUCAAUCUUACAAAAUACAGCAAACCCCACUGGAUCGUGUGCCUUAGUACACUCUUGAUCUGAUAUUGGGCAGUUUGCAGUAUGAUGCCCCUUUUACGCAGUGGCAAUAGUUUUGCACAAGGGUUCUUUCCCCUCCCCCACCCUCCUAAAAGAGAGGGAAAAUUAAUUUUUUUUCCUCAGAUUGGUGGCCAUUGCAGUCCCCAUCUCAAACUUCCAUUGGCCACAGCAAGACAGGCCAUUCCCGUGUCUAGUAGAACCAUUUUCUCAAAUUCUCCUCCAUUCUUCAACAGGAGGACCAUUUCUUUAAGACCCCUUUCACACUGGCACUUUAGCGUUAAAAA